AUGUGCUGUGAUUCCCAAUGUAACAAACCUAGUUCACCUAAGACUGAUUCCCAAAGUGACAAACCCAUUUCAUCUGCUACUGAUUCCCAAUGUGACAAACCUAGUUCACCUGAGACUGAUUCCCAAUGUGACAACCUAGUCCACAUGAGACUUGAUUCCCAAUGUGACAAACCCAGUUCACCUAAAACUGAUUCCCAAAGUGACAAACCCAGUUCACCUGAGACUGAUUCCCAAUGUUACAAACCCAGUCUACCUGAGACUGAUUCCAUUGUGACAAACCCAGUUCACCUGAGACUGAUUCCCAAUGUUACAAACACAUUUCACCUGAGACUGAUUCCCAAUGUUACAAACACAGUUCACCUAAGACUGAUUCCCAAUUUGACAAACCCAGAUCACCUGAGACUGAUUCCCAAUGUGACAACCUAG